AUGGCUCAGGGAAACACGCUUGAUUCAUACACCUUUACUGGUACGAAUGCCCACGUGACGUCCAACACAAAGCAUAGCCCGACUACUGUCGACAAAGACCUCAAGAGCAUCACGAUCGUGGGCGGCUGCGGUCAUGUCGGGCUGCCCCUGGGGAUUGCUUUUGCGGAAGUUGGGGCGGAAGUUACUCUGCUCGAUACACAUCCCGGAAGAGUUGCCGAAGUCACUUCGGGCGAAAUGCCGUUUCUUGAGCGCGGGUCUGACGACGCGAUUGGACCCGUGCUGGAAAGCGGGCGUCUGAAAGCGACCACCUCGAUCGAGUCACUCUCCGAGGUCGACGUGGUGAUCGUGACGAUCGGAACGCCGGUGGACGAGUUUCUCGAUCCUGGCGUGGGCACCUUCGACAAAGCCCUCGCCUCGGUGCUCGAUGCCAUGCAGCCGGGCCAGAUGCUCGUGCUGCGAAGCACCGUAUUUCCCGGAAUUACCGAACGGCUCUCUCAAGAGAUCGCGAGUCGAGGUCUCGAUAUCGACUUGGCAUACUGCCCUGAACGUAUCGCACAGGGAUACGCCCUGGGAGAACUGAGCAAGCUGCCACAGAUCGUCGGCGGAACCACCGAGAAAGCCACCGAUCGGGCCUCGCGGUUGUUUCAAAUGCUCGGUGCGAAAACUCUCGAUCUAACACCGACCGAAGCGGAACUGGCGAAACUGUUCUCGAAUGCUUAUCGCUACAUCAAUUUCGCCAUAUCCAAUCAGUUCUACAUGAUUGCCGAGAAGUUCGACGCCAACUUCCACCGCAUUCAUAAGGUGGUUACUUCCGAGUAUCCGAGACUGUCGGGCUUUGCUACCGCAGGCUUCGCGGGUGGGCCAUGCUUGCUGAAAGACACCAUGCAGCUGGCUGCCUUCAACCACAACGAUUUUGCCUUAGGGCAGGCCGCCAUGAUGGUGAACGAAGGCUUGCCCAGCACGUUGGUGAAAAUGGUGAAGCAACGACACGGCCUGGCCGGGAAAACGGCCGCCAUCUUGGGGAUGGCUUUCAAAGGGAACUCCGACGACCCACGGGCUUCGCUCUCGUACAAACUCCGUAAGGUGUUGGCGCUGGAGUGCAAGCAAGUGUUGUGCAGCGAUCCCUACAUCAAGGACGAAACAUUCGUCCCAUUGGAGCAAUGCCUUGCAGAGGCCGACGUGCUGUUCAUCGGCUGUUGCCACGACGAGUACAAGCACCUGAAAACCGACAAACCGAUUGUCGACGUAUUCAACUUUGUUUUGGUAACCGGAUCGGCAGGCUUCAUCGGCGGAUACCUCGUCGAUGAGUUGCUCGGUGCGGGUUAUGAAGUCGUCGGCAUCGACAACUUCUCGAAGUACGGCGAGCUGACCCAAGCUAGCCAACAGCAUGAUGGCUAUCGACUGGUCACGGGCGAUGCGAAAGAUGUCGAUCUGCUGAAAGAGUUACUGGCCGACUGCGAUCACCUGGUUGCUGGAGCGGCACGAAUCGGCGGCAUCUCGUACUUUCACGAGUAUGCCUACGAUUUGCUGGCUGAAAACGAGCGGAUUACGGCCGCCACAUUCGAUGCCGCGCUCUGGGCUCAUCGAGAAGCGAAACUACAAAAGAUUACUAUCGUUUCGUCAUCGAUGGUCUACGAGAAUGCAACCGAGUUCCCGACGGUCGAGGGCACCCAGCGCACAUGCCCUCCGCCGGCUUCGACGUAUGGCUUUCAAAAGCUGGCUGUUGAGUAUUUCGCCCAGGGCGCACACGAACAGUUCGGAUUGCCUUACACCAUCGCUCGUCCAUUCAAUUGCGUGGGCAUUGGUGAGCGGCGAGCCGUUGGCGAUCGGGAACUCCUCUCGGGCAACGUGAAGCUGGCCAUGAGCCACGUGGUGCCCGACUUAGUGCAGAAAGUGCUCAAGGGGCAAGACCCGCUGCAUAUUCUCGGCGCAGGCAAGCAGGUGCGGUGCUACACAUACGGGGGCGAUUUGGCCAAGGGAAUUCGGGCCUGCAUUGAACACCCCAAGGCCCUCAACGAAGACUUCAACCUAUCAAUCGCCACGGCUACCAGCGUGCUGGAACUGGCGGAGUUGAUUUGGCAAAAGGUGCACGGCGACGGGAAGCCGUUCAACUACGUGUCAGACGAUCCAUUCCCCUACGACGUGCAGCAUCGAGUGCCCUCGGUCGAGAAGGCUACAGAGCUAAUGGGAUUCCGUGCCGAAACAGAACUCAGUGAAGUGCUCGAUGAAGUCAUUCCAUGGAUCGAACAGCAAAUCGAACUAGGGACGAUUUGA